CAGAGGGAGGGUGUCGGUCACCGGAGGGAGGGAGGAGAGAGAACAGGAAAAUACAGAGAAGCAGCCUGGCUAGCUGUAGCCCCUGAAAAAACCAACAGAGACCACCAUCCGCAAUAGGAGCUGUACUGGCAGCUCCUCCUGCACUCAGAUAACAGGCCAAAUCCUUGCAGUCAGCAGAAAGCAGUAGCGAUGGGAGUGGAAGGCUGUACCAAAUGCAUCAAAUACCUGCUUUUUGUCUUUAAUUUUGUCUUCUGGUUGGCAGGAGGAAUAAUUCUAGGUGUGGCAUUGUGGCUUCGACAUGACUCACAGACCACGACUAUCCUGGGAUCGGCGCUAGAGAACCAGUCUGCUCCUAGCUCAUUCUAUGUUGGCAUCUACAUCCUGAUUGCUGUUGGAUCAGUGAUGAUGGUUGUGGGUUUCGUGGGCUGUUACGGUGCCAUCCAAGAGUCACAGUGUCUUCUGGGGACAUUUUUCACAUGCCUUGUAAUCUUGUUUGCUUGUGAAGUGGCUGCUGGAAUCUGGGGAUUCACUCAUAGGGAAAAGAUUGCCACUGAGGUCAAACAGUUCUAUGACAACGCAAAGAAUGAUAUAGAUUCACCAAAUAAGAGCAUAGCAGACAAGGCAAAGGCAGUUGUGAGAACCUUCCAUGAAACGCUAAAAUGCUGUGAAAAGGAAAAAGGAACCAGCAUGGAUUCCAGUGAUGUCUGUUCUAAAGACAUGACUGCAGCACGUACGGAGGACUUCAACUGUCACAAUAAAAUUGAUGAGCUGUUUUCUGGAAAAUUGUACUUGAUUGGCAUUGCUGCCAUUGUGGUAGCUGUGAUCAUGAUCUUUGAAAUGAUCUUGAGCAUGGUGUUGUGCUGUGGCAUCAGAAACAGCUCCGUCUAUUGAGAAGUGGAGGGGCAGAGGCGAAACAAUGGUGCCGAAGGGACUCCAAAAUGCCGCUGUCUGACCAGGAGAUACUUCCCACAAAAAAAGUGUAUAUAAAUAUUUCAGAUAUUACCAUACAGUACUUAUCAUUCUUACUUGGAAAAUCUUCUUUUUGUUUAAGGGGAGGGGGAGGGAUAGUUUCUGUAUAUUUGUGGAAAGUUAGUUACACAUCAGUUUGUGUGGUAAAUCAUUCUAGUGGUUCCAGGCCUUUAUCAAAGAGAGAGCUCUUCUUCUAUCUCCCCUCACCAUGCUUCCUGUGCUGCCAACAUGGAAAAAGAGGGUACCAUGCACAGGUGCCACUGGUGCAAUGUAGACUUUUCAUGCAUCUUUAUUCCCUGACAGUGAUUUUUAAAAAAACUGAAGCAGUCCUUUGUUGGCACCUAAUCCUGGCAUUUUUUUUUUGUCCUAACAUUUUCUUAUCUUGGUUCAGAAGUAAUCUUGGACUCUUGGUCUAAAUCUUUGAGCAUGUAGGAGUACAAACAAGCUGCUGCUUUCAGUCCAUCUGUUUUGUUAUUCAGCAUGCGCGUAUGUCUGUAUUUCCCACCACUACCUUUCAAUGAUGAGUGGACAGCCUCUUUUCCCCCCCAUAAAUUGUCUACACCCAUAACUCAAAAGCCCAUUAUGAGUCCCAGAAUCACAAAGUUGGUGUAACUGAAGGCCAAAUCUCUGAAACUGCAAGAGUCCUCAUAAAAUGUUGAUUUUAGGGAAGAUUCAACCCCUGAAUCUGGUAUGUUAAUUUUGAUCUUUGCAGGGGGGGGGGGUUAGAUGAAAAGGAGAAUUAAACAGGUAUGAUAAUGGAAUGUUACAGCUUUCUGUAUCUCUCUACUAAAACUGAACUCACACAUGUGUUUACAUGGUUCAUUCUGAAUGCAAAUACUGGAUUAUGUAUUUUACUUCAAAACUGUGCAGUAUUCUAAUAAUGCCAAAAAGUAUCUGUUGAAAGGCAAUCUGUUAAAUAAUGGCUUGAAACCUGUUCAUUUAAAUAUAAUUUUUAAGAGGGCACCUAUUCUUUUGCCUUUUUGAAACUUGGUAAUAGAGCUGGAUGAUAACCAGCUAGGCAUGUGUGACAACUAUAAACAGAAUUGGAAGACAUUUUCCUUUCCAAGCAUCAGAAGUAAAACUAUAAUGAGAGGCCUCAAUACUUCUCAAGCAGAGCCAUUUUCCAGUACCCCACCCUUGCCUAGCAUAUCUGAGCUGCAAAUAUGAAGCCUUUUGCUUUUCUCUUGAGUUGACACUUCAAAGGACUUAUUUUCCCUUGAACCUGUUAGGAUUUUGGACAUCCCCCCCCCCAAAAAAAAAGCUUUUUAAAGUUGCAGCCUGAAAAUAGCAGGAACAAAAGGCACCAAACUAGAGGCAAAAAGGAGAGGCAAGCUCUGGUGCUGAGUAAAAUUUAUUGUAGUGCUCUACGCGUUUCGGAAAUACUUUCCUUCCUCAGGAGCUAAAAACAUUCAAACAAACUCAAAUUAAUGUCGUGGAGACAACACCGUGGUCUUAAACAUAGCAGAGUACUUUUAGAGACAACAUUCUGUAUAAAUCCCUGAAAAUGGCCAUGUUCACAGGGGUUUGUUUUUGUUUUGGUUUUUUUCUGUAACUCAGGAUUAAUUAUCACAAGCAAGUCUGAUGCUAUCAUCCCCACGAAGUAGUUUGGCUUCAGUGCUGUUUGUUCUUGAAGAAGUAAUUUAAUAUUGGUUUUCUCUGCUGUUCCCCAGAACUGCAGUGGAUUCUAGGGUGCCCUUUAAAACAGCAGGGGACAGCAGAUACAAUCUUCCUCAGAGUCUUGUGGUUGAGGGGAAUGAUUAAGAUCUUUGAGCCUUAGAAGUAGCCUUAAAGCAACACUGCCCUGAAUGUCAAGCUUUGCAUGCGCUGGAAACAGAAAUGGAACCUAUCAACCAUCUCACCAUUCAAAGGCUUCUGGGUCACAUGUUCCAGUAUAAUAUGCUCUAUCAACAACUUCUAGGUAUCAAUUGUGCAUGUACAUUUAUUUACAUAUAAAUAUGUAUAUAUGUGCAUUGGAGUUACCAACAUACAGAAUGGAUGUGUGUAACUUACUGCCUUUUGUUGAGUGUCCUUGAGAAAUGUAUACAAGUACACCACUUAGCAUUUUGGCUUUGUUUGUUUUUUCCUGUACCAUAUGUUUGAUAUUAUUCAUCAUUCAGUUUAUGAUAUACGAGCAGCCAGAGCUCUGUGUUAAAGAUUCACUGGCCUGUCCUCCAAGAACUGAACAUAGGUCAAGCACAUUCUUAGAAAAUAUGUUUGCUUUUGGCAGAGGACAUGUUACAAUACUGUUUCUGUAGAAGGUGGGUGCUGAUGACUAUUGAGGGUCAUGCUACAUUGAAGUUUAGUGGAAGGGCAAGAGGAAUGGGAGGAACAUCCUUUGACCCAAGUUCUCCAGAGUUUGUCUUGCGGGUAAGGCACAAACUACACGUUACAUGCAAGUGCAUUUCACAAUGUUCUGACAAUUUAAUGUAACACAGCUUUAGGAGGGUGUGAUCUUAAGUGGAGUGGCAGAAGGGGCAGGAGUGCUUAACAAGGAUAAGUACACGUCUGGAACUCCAUCAAGAGGUGGGAGGCAAGUUGCAGUAAAAAAUAAAAAAAAAAGCAGUGGAGAAAGGGUUACUUUCAUGCACACACCUUGCACUGCUUCGCCACUCCUUAUCCCACUCUCUGGAGGCUGCUCUUUAUUAUUAUUAGUUUCAUUUUAAACACACACUUAUGUAUUCUGUGUGGUGUGCCCCCAAAAGCUAAGCAGUGAGAGCUAAAAAGUGAUAAAUAAGCUCAAAUAAGUUGUGAAUGUUGCCUCCCUGAAAGAGCACACUAAAAAGAAAUAGCGCUGUGAGGGCCAGGAAUAGUCAAUGAAGGCACCUUUUGGUAUGAUUAGGAACUCUCAAACAGGCAAGAAGUUAACACAGUUUGAAAAUUGCGUCAGACAAUUGUUUCUGGACUGUACUACUUCAAAUUGCAGGUUGGAUAUCUCACAGCAAUGUUCUCCAAAUUUUAAAACAAUAACAAAAACAACCUUUCUGCACGUGGAAAACUUGAUGUUGGGAGCAGGGUUCUAUCUUAGGCUUCGAUGGUGGUAAGUCUGUACUUAGGGCUUUCAUUCUGUGGCAGAGUGCUUACAUCCAUGCUGUCUGAAAUGGUACAGUCCACAAGAAAUUUUUAUCACAUAAUUUUCUGUUUCUGUAAUACUGGGCCUGACCCCUCUUUCAGUGCCAUUCAUAACCGGAUCUCUUCUGUUUUUCCUUUGCCUAUCUGCAGUGAACCAAAGGACUAGUAAGAGGGAGAUGUGGGUAGCUUCAGAAUUCCAAAAUGGGUUAAGGAAUUAGCUAAAGAAACUAACCCCAACAUGGUAAUGCCUGCCAUAAAAGCUUCCUUGAAAAGUGUCUGGUUAGUAAAGAUUGGUAUCACAGAGAUUCUUUCCUCCAGUAUUGCUCCAGUAUAUAAAAGAUGAGGACUUGAGUUAGAGAGGCCCAUUCCUAAUGCUAAGUGAAAGAGGGAAGAGAAUGGACUCAAGCAUAUUCUCCUGUGUGAAGCAAAGGAUUGUAUUAUUACAUCCAAAAGGGUACUUAACAACAUAUGCACCCAGUACUGUGUGAAGCGGUAUCCUCCCAAUAAUUUUAUGACUGAAUCCAAGAAACCUCUGAAUUGGUUGUAGUUCCCCAGAGAACAUCAAUUGACAGAAUUGAAUUUGGGAAUAUGAAUAAGUCCAAAUUUUUUAAUUCGUUUUUUAAGAUUGCUGUUUCUCAGAAGAAAGCAUGUCAAAGAACUCUUGUAAGCCAAAGGAGGAGCAUAGCAUUCCCCUUUUCACCAUGUUUGGAUCUGUUUGAAUUAAACAGGACUGCUUAUGAUGGAGACCCAUAGGGGAAGGCCAAACAGAACUGCUAGCUAUAUUGUGCUGAAUGCUUGGGUUUCUUUUUAAACUGGAGCAUGCCACAAGCUUUAUGUGUGUUAACUAUUACUUUUUCUCCGCCUUUUUUUGGUCACUUUUUAAAAAAAAAAAUCCUGGUGUGUAUUGUGUGAUGAAGCCCUAUGUUUCUUACAGCCAGUAAAUCAUGAGACCUGAACUCUUCACUCAUCAUGUCUCCAUAGCAUUGGCAAAACCAGCCAUGGGAACAGAGAACAAAUGGGGUGUGGCAAAGAAGCCAAGGGAAGAGUGAAGUUAUUAUCAAAUGCAGGGCCUUUUGGCCAGUCAAGUUUCAUUCUGUUUAGAGGAAAGCCAUGAGAAGGCUCUCAGUUCCAAAACAGGGCUUAAUUUAGGGGGGCAAAGCUAGUUUCUGAAAUGCAACAUGAAUUGUCACAAAACUAUCAGUGUUCCCAGUUAGCCUAAUAAGACAGGGCUUGGUCCCAUUGAGGGCUUGGUCCCAUUGUCCAUCCUAGCUACAGGUUGCAGCAAACCUAGCACCAAGAGCAAUAGAAAGUUUCACCUCUUGUUGGUUACAACAAACAGUCUGGCCUUGUAUGUAGUUUUUUCUCUAGAAAUGUGGAACAAGGGAUACGCUGGGGAGAAUGACUGGCCCUUCCCAACCACACUGUUCUCAACCCCCUGGCUGUGCUUCUGCGCAGAAAUCACUUGCUGUUGUCAUGCUUGUUUAUCUGAAUGUUUAAAGAAUCUGUCAAAAUAACUUUUUUUUAAAAUGAUAUAUGAAAACAAUUAAACAGCCAACAUGCCAA